AUGGACACAGACACUACGCUUCGCUUGAAGACAUCGCUUGCAACAGCACAUUCCCAUUAUGAUCAGGUCGUCGCCGUCUCGCAAAAGAUCAUUAAUGAUUCAUUCGACGGCCUCUACGACCGGUAUCCCGAGUUCAAGAAGCUUGCCUUUCGCAAUCGUCGCAUUGGAAGCAUUGAUGCAGAAUUGCUCUCCCCGCGCAUCUUGCUUGGUGGUGGUCUCGGAGCAGAUCUUUCCCUGGCCAGGUGCCUCUAUGUGAUGCGCUUUGCCAGUGGUACGCUGACCAUGCCGCCUGACGACGAAGAUGAUCCGGAUAUCAUCGAAGACAUGGCCGGUUGGGAACUUGCAGUCACGAUCGACCUCGGCAACCAGAGCGUCGUAGUCAAUCAAGAUGCGGACCCAGACGAGAAAGCGCGCCAGGAGGCGCAGUUGAAAUUCAUUCAGGAGAAGUUCGAUGUCCCGGGUGAUUACACCAUCGAAAGACUCUUCGCCAAGCUAUCUGAUGCGCACUGGAAAGAUUUUGAUUUCAACAAUUCCAACUUCGGGGUAGUUGACGGCAAAAAGAGAUCUUGGGGAAUGCUGAUUAAACAAUAUCCUUUCCUCGAGAUCGAUCUCCAAACCAUGUUGGGACGCUGGGUCAAAACCCAGGAGACUCAAGGGCUGACAACGCUGGGAUAUAAGUUUACUCUCCCCCCACCUUCACAAAUCGAUCCUCUCAAACCAACGUAUCAGCCGACUGCCAUGUAUCACCAGAUCUACCCAUACAAAAAUCCUGCGAAAGGUGUCCCAAACCCGGUCGUUUCGUACGAUCCUCCUGGCGAUCUGAACGCAUUACUGUACUGUGAGAUGGUACAGGGCCAUCCUUUGCCAGAUGACAAGCAAUUGGCCUCGACAGGGAUAUUCACCACUCAAGCCGCCACGAUUGGUGGACCUCGCAUUGAUGGCACUUUUGCCUUGAGUCAUCAAUUGUUCUUAGAAACAUUCCUAUUGCCAAUGCUUCAACCUUUCAACAAGACGUCAGAAGUAUUCCCAACUAUACCGAGUGCCACUUUUGAUGGAAACACGUCCACCAUUCACUGGAACUACUCUGUUGGCAGCGACGGAGUGCAUAAUGACUCGAAAGACCCAAUCUUUGCUUUCAAGCCGGUCUUCGACCCGCAAACCCCAUCCGAUGCGAGAUCUUACAUGUUCACCAAGGACAAUAGGAUGAAAAUGAGUCCAUCCCCUGCGAGAAACCCGAACAAUGGUGUCUGUGGCAGCUUUGAGAGUGCAGGAAGUCCGACUGUGACUGUCAAGUGGACGCCCGGUGGGCGCAGCUUUGAUGUCCAAGGUAUCACAGAGUACUGGUAUGACAUUGAAUGGGCAGAUAACGAGCAGAUGAUUCGGCCGUUUGGCUUCCUUAGAGACAAGUUCCGGUUUACAUGGAAUAUGUCCAUCGUGAUCGAUAACAUUGACAAUGGAGUGAUGAAAAUCGUUGUCAAUGCCGGUGCUAACAAAGAUGGUGAUGUCAAGGUUGAAUUCGUUCAACACGAGAUACAGCAAUCGUGGACGCCCGAGGGCCAAGACCAGCGGAUUCGUAAUUUUAUAUCUGGCCAAUUAACGACACACGUUGCCAUGCUCGAGAUGAAUUUGCAACAAGCAUUCCAAUCCAGCGGAAAAUUUGUGUACCCAGGCAACGGCACAUUCAAAUUCUCAGAUCCCUGCAUCGGAAAUACUGGCGAAAUUCUGGCAGAGAUUGAGUACAUGCCGAUUGAGCACGGUAAAAUCACCAUUCCAACUCCAUCAAACGUUAAACUUGCAUCAGCUACGCAAUUCGCUUUCAAGACAACUCCAGUCCAGGCUCCCACCGUCGUGCCCACGGUGAAGCUGGCAUGGGAAGCUUCCAGCCCCGUCAAAGCCGCCGGAAAAGCUGUCGAGAUUCUUUUGACAGGCACAAACCAGACGGAGAAGCCUAUUGCGCUGAACUCAAUCCAGAUCGUGAUUGUGGCAGACAAAACUGGAAAAGGCCUCGUUACAUCUACAAGGUUUGCUCCCGCCCAGUUUACUGUGGGAGAAGAGGAAAGACCAGCGAGUACACAGUCGAAUGUGUACCAACUCAUCCACAAAUCUGUCAGUGGGUUUGGAGAUGUCAAGUUGAUGCAGGACGCAGCAGGGGGUGGCAUGACUGAGCUGAUUUUCAUUGCGAGAGGUGGUGCUGAGCUUGGCCCUGGAAACAGCGUGACUCUUGCCCUGUUGGCAGAUACGGGAGUCGCUGGAACCUAUCCCGUCCAGAUCACAGAGAGCUGGCCACCUGUUGAGGGACUGGCAAGCCAAAGCUUUGCGCACCCCGUUGAUGUAAUCUUGAAGCCCUAGAUAGUAGAGAGAUGGCUCUGGAUAGGUCAUCUACCGCGCAAAUAGCUCUGUC